AUUGAAAUACAAGUUUCUGGUUUCUAUUGACAUGCCACGUUUAAUCCUGUCUGCCACUUGUUUGAAUUCCGAGAAAAUGAGUAACAGCGUGGCUCCAUAGUCUCCAGCUACAAUGACAUAGUACAGCCACAUUGAGUGAGCAAUCAAGAUCAGCACACAGAGGAGUGAAAAUGGAGGGGAAAAAAGCAAGGGAAGAAGGUGAGAACAGUGGUGUUACCGAGAGGUGGAUAAAGAGACACCUAGUGCUUUACAUUGGAGCUACUAGACACCCUUUUAUUCUCAGCAUUAGGGAUGGGUCUAUUGAUCUCUCUUCUUUCAAAAGAUGGCUGGAACAGGAUUAUAUAUUUGUUAGACAGUUUACCCCUUUUGUGGCAAGUGUAUUGAUUAAAGCUUCUAAGAAGUCAGAUGAUGAGAAUGACAUGGAAGUUGUGCUGGGUGGUUUGGCUUCUUUAGAUGAAGAGAUUGAUUGGUUCAAGUCUGAGGCCUCAAAGUGGGAUGUUCCUCUUUCUAACAUUGCUGUCCAUAAGACAAACCAGAAAUACUGCAGAUUUCUUGAGAGUUUGAUGUUACCAGAAGUUGAAUAUGCUGUGGCCAUUACAGCGUAUUGGGCAAUUGAAGCAGUAUAUCAACAGAGCUUUGCCCACUGCUUGGAAGAUGGCAACAGAACUUCAUUAGAAUUAGAGAAUACUUGUAGAAGAUGGGGCAAUGAAGCUUUUGCCGAAUACUGUCGAUCUCUCCAGACAAUUGUCAACAGGUGUCUUGAGAAGGCUCCAGAGGAUGUUAUUGCAAAAGCUGAAGUGACUUUCCUUUCUGUUCUUGAACAUGAAGUUGAGUUCUGGAACAUGAGUCAUGGGGGUACCUGAUCGGGGCCGCUAGCGAAAGGUUCUAGUUCAUGUAUACAACUGAAGGGUAGAGCUGUAACUUAACGUUUUUGCCAUUAGCAACAUAUAUACAGACCUGUAUACAUCAUUUUGUGAGAUAUUGUGAUUGCUUAGUUGUUGUUUU